AUGGUAUACAUUUAUUUUGCAUCAUCUUCCGAUAGGAACUUGGUUGACCACAACGCAAUAUCUCGACGAGUGGAGGGUAAGGCUCUCACCGUGCACUGCAAAGUUAAUACCUGUCUACCUACCCAGGUACCUAGGUAUGUAGCCGGUUAUAUACCUAGGUACCUAGGUAGUCACGGCACAAGAGCAGGGUCUGGAAGUAUGCAUGGACCCCGAAAACCGAUGGUUUCGCCCUCGCUGACUGAUCAACACCACAAAAUGGGGACUUUGAGAGGCAUCGGAACCCAAACCGGCUGUUCCACUGAGAGACUAAACACCUCACAGAAAGGAACAAAAGAACACGCCCACUGA